AUGAUCGGUGUGCUGCUGUGUGUGGCUCUGCUGCUGCGGCUUGCGGCAGCCGUCGAUGUGACUGUCGACCUUGGGUACGCCAGGUACAGAGGAAAGGACAUUGGCAAUGGCGUUCAUCGGUGGGCAGGCAUGCGUUACGCAAGGAGUGUGUCUCGAGUCGAUGGUCUGCGCUUCACGGCACCCCAGGAGCCUCUUGAAGAGUUGAACAAAGUGACAUCAGACGCAACCAAAUUUGGCCCUCUUUGUAUCGGCACCCAAAGCGCACUCGCUGCAGAGUUCGGCGACAAGUGGUCAGAAGACUGUCUUUUUGUCAACGUCUUUGCACCCUCCAAAGCCACCAACACGAGCAAACUCCCCGUCUACGUCUUCAUUCAAGGAGGCGGCUUUAACAUGAACGGGAACGCAAAUUACGAUGCUGCCGAUCUUAUCGAUGCUGCAGGUGGGGAUAUGGUUGUGGUCAACUUCAAUUACCGAGUCGGGCCGUACGGCUUCCUCGCCGGCAAGGAGAUCGAGGCCAACAAGACGCUGAGUCUGAACAACGGACUGAAAGACCAGAGGCUGUUGCUAAAGUGGGUCCAGAAGUAUAUCCACGAGUUUGGCGGCAAUGCCGACCACGUCACGCUUGGAGGAGCCAGUGCUGGCGGUGGUUCGGUUGUCCUGCAACUCACAGCUUUUGGCGGACGCAACGACAACCUCUUCCACGCUGUUGCUGCCGAGUCCGCUGCGUUUCCACCUCUACGCAAUGUCAAACAAAGCCAGUGGCAGUACAAUGCCUUGCUCCAACGAUCAGGUUGCCAUGAUCUCGCCUGUCUGACCUCACUCGACUCGGUAACCUUCCAGAAUGCUGUACGGAGUCUCAAGAUUCCCUUCCCCGGUGGCAAGAACCCCCCGAUAUACUUCUGGAACCCAACCCUGGACUACGACUUCAUCCAAGACUACACCUACAACGCCCUCAAAUACGACCGCUACGUCAAGGUCCCCACAAUCUUCGGCGACUCCACAAACGAGGGCAUCAAUUUUACCCCCAAAACCAUUUCCAACUACGAACUCGCCCGUCAAUUCAUUCUCGAUCAGUUCCCCACCGCCAACUGGGCCAAGAUCAGGACGGUCUGGAAUGGCCAGAUGAAUGCUCUCGCCGACGCACGCUGGCGCGGCCUUGCAUCUGACGUAUACGGCCACAUUCGCUACAACUGCCCGAACCUCAACAUGUCCUCCGUCUACGCAGAAAACAAUACGAACCCCACAUACCAAUACCGCUGGAACGUCGGCACUGCCUCACACGUCGGCGAACUGCCGUCGAUUUGGCACAAUGGUACCUCUGCGUCUGCUGUGUUCAUGCAGGCGUACUGGGCUAGUUUCAUUCGAAGCUACGACCCGAACAAACAUACCGCUGACUUCCUGCUUGCCAAGGGACAACAGCUGGACAAUCCUGAGUGGAAGACUUUUGGAAACGCCACGGGUUUAGGCAUGAGACUCAAGUUUGAUGAUGACAACCAAGUGGCCAUGGAGGAAGUCAGUGCCGAAGAGUGGAAGAGGUGCGACGUCAUCACGAACAUGGGCUUGCAUCUGGAGCAACCCGGGAGUGCGGGCUUGCGCGUCCCGUCCCUUACUUCGUCGCUGUACCUUACUUUCGGCAUCAUGUUGUUCGGCUUCGUGCCGUGGCUAUUUCCCUGA